AUGUCUGACCCAGAAAAAGGUUCUGAAGAUCGGCACGAUCACAUCAAUCUCAUUAACAAUGUCAAUGCGCGGAUUCAAAAUCCCCUCUACGGUAUUCCUCAGGAUAAGCUGCUCGCACAGGUUGAAGAGUUCACUAAAGAGAAAGGCUUCGAUGAGUACACGGAGACAUUUAAAAAGGGCGCGCUGCUCGCUCAGCACCCUGGCCAAUUCGAGACGCUGCCAUUGUUGGAUGAGACGGAUCGGGAGGCGAUCAGAAGGGAAAAAACACACAAAUGGUCUCAACCAAAGGACUUGUACAUGACCGUUAUCAUCUGCUCUCUCGCUGCUGCUGUGCAAGGAUGGGACCAGACCGGUUCGAAUGGUGCCAACCUGUCGUUCCCGACCGAGUUUGGUAUCCCCACAGACGAUGGUGCCCCGAAUAGAGAGCACAAUGAGUGGAUUGUCGGGACCAUCAACGCCGGUCCCUACAUAGCAUGCGCACUCCUCGGAUGUUGGCUCACCGAUCCACUAAACAACUACCUUGGUCGUCGGGGAACGAUUUUCUUUUGCGGGAUCUUCUGUACGGUUGCUGUCAUUGGUUCUGGCUUCUGCCAGACAUGGCCUCAGCUCUUUAUAUGCAGGCUGCUUCUUGGUCUCGGGAUGGGUCCCAAGGCUAGCACGACCCCCGUCUUCGCCGCAGAGAAUACACCAGCCUCAAUUCGGGGAGGGUUGGUUAUGAGCUGGCAGAUGUGGACCGCAUUUGGCAUAUUUCUUGGUUUCUGUGCGAAUCUGAUCCUCUACCGCGUUGGUAAUAUUGCAUGGCGAUUGCAGCUCGGUAGCGCGUUCUUACCUGCGGUGCCACUGGUUAUUGGGAUCUAUUUCUGCCCAGAAUCUCCGAGGUGGUAUAUGAAGAAGGGAAGAUAUGCUGAGGCGUUCAAGUCGUUCAAGCGGUUAAGAAACACUGAACUGCAAGCCGCAAGAGACUUGUACUAUGUCCACCGACAACUUAUGGAGGAGUACGAGGUCAUCAAAGGAAGCACGUAUCUGUCCCGUGUCAUCGAGUUGUUUACUAUUCCUCGUGUUCGGCGUGCGACGCUCGCUAGCUGGGUAGUCAUGAUCGCUCAGCAAAUGUGUGGUAUCAAUAUCAUUGCGUUCUAUUCCUCGACGGUCUUCGUUCGAGCAGGAUACUCUACUGGUCAGGCGAUGUGGGCUAGCUUCGGCUUCGGGUUGGUCAAUUGGUUGUUCGCGUUCCCUGCUGUUUGGACCAUCGAUACCUUCGGUCGUCGAAACCUCCUCUUGUUCACAUUCCCAAACAUGGCCUGGACUCUACUGGCUGCAGGGCUUUGCUUCUUGAUCCCGGAUGGAAGCUCAGCAAAGGUACCGUUGAUCGCGCUGUUUAUCUUCAUCUUUGCUGCGUUUUAUUCGCCUGGAGAAGGUCCUGUACCAUACACAUACUCCGCCGAGGUAUUUCCCCUUACGCAUCGUGAGAUGGGUAUGUCAUGGGCUGUUGCUACCUGUCUGGGCUGGGCGGCCGUCCUAUCUAUCACGUUCCCGCGUAUGCUUACGGCACUAACAGAAGUAGGAGCAUUCGGGUUCUAUGCAGGCCUUAAUGUGCUCGCAUUGAUAAUGAUCUUCUUCCUGUUGCCGGAGACCAAACAAAGGACGCUUGAGGAACUCGAUUAUGUGUUCGCUGUGCCGAUGCGGAAGCACGCCGCCUAUCAGGGAGGCACUUUCCUACCGUACUGGAUCAAGAAGUGGGUGCUUGGACAGCGAGACGCUGUUCUGGAGCCACUGUACCACUUGGAGGAGGUGGAAAGUAUAACAGUGUUUGAGAAAGGUGUAGGCCAUUAA